AUGGCUUUAUUCACGAAAGAGCAUGACGAAUUACUAAGUGCAGUUAAUUGGGUUGCCUUAAGCGCUACCUCAACAGUAGCAACCAAUGGUAGUAGUGGCUUGUUACCCUCUACAACAACCACAGCAACCCCAAAAACAACCAAUGGGGAAGGCACAGCUGCCCUUAACACGACAUUCCUUGUAAAGUCAUAUUUUAGCACCGAUCGGUAUCUUGUCUUGAUAACUAAUCUCAAGUACGUGUGGCUUGAAGAAUUAAUCGGCGAUGAUAUUAAAAAACGGUGUAAGGAUACCAAAUCUGGCUUAGACCCUGAUGAUUUAGAAAGUUUAUUGAAAUCAUUACCUAGUUUCUUGAAAAACCUACCCAAUCUAACGCAUGUAUUACGAAAAACCAAUGAUGAGCUCGAACUCAAAUCCACGCGAACUCUCAAAUGGGGUGAACUCUUUUGGAAUUUUCGAUGUAAAUUGAUCCCGAAUGCACACACAUUACGCGAUGAGGACGAAGAGUACGAUUUAGACGGCGCGUCUAUAUUGUAUAAACAUUACGUUUUGCCGCAGCGGAUGUUGUUGGUCGCGUACUAUGAACAGAUCAAAGCGUUGGUUGAUGUGAUAAAAAGCCAGGAUGACGAACUGAAGGAGUUGGAUUUGUUGAGGGAGCAGCAGAAUGUUGCUGGAAAAUUGGAAAAAAGUCAUUCGAAGAAAAAACCUCGUACGCCUUUUGAUGACGAAAAUACUUUUCAAGAAAUAGAAAAGCGGUUACAAAGUUUCAAAAUAUCCACUGGACAAAUCCCACUAGAAAAUUUAAUCGACUCACGUACCUCGCACCUCUUUUCAAAAGCGACAGAACGCAUCAUGGAAGAAUAUAAAGAGGAGGAAGAGUUGAAGCGAAAGAAAUCUCUUCAUUUCGAAGAUCGACGAUCAUCAGCUCCUCCUCCGUUACCAGCUACUGGACAAAAUAAUGAUGAUCUUGACGAUGAAUUAUUUAGAACGCCCAAAAAAGAUAAGGCUAAAACUGUCCAUGUGACUAAACCUCAGCAGAAUGUUUCGCCAAGGGUAGAGGCCACCGCUUCUUCAAGUACUUCUACCAAUCUAUCUAAACCAGGAAGUUCUACAGUGGUAGCUGAGACCAGAAGAUUGUCAUCACCUAAAGCGAAAAUUGAUUCUGUUACAACACAGCAAGAAACGGCUGAAACGAAUAAUGAAAAUAAUAGUAAUCCGCAAGAAAGCGAGGAAGCACGACGUCGCCAGUUACAAGAGUUGAAGAAUGAAGGUGUCGCAAAGAAACGCAAAAAGAAAAUAUAA